UUGAUCACUACCCUCAUCAUCAUCAUCAUCAAACCAACUCUCCCCUUUCUCCCUCUCUCUCUCUCUCUCUCUCUAAAACCUCUUUCCUCCAUCUCCCUCAUCCAUGGAUAAACAACUAACCCUAAAAAAUUCCACAAAUCUAAUCACCUCUUAAGAAAAAAAACGCUUGCUCCAUUAAAACUGCAAUUGAUGAUUUUGGAAUACCCAUGGAGAACAAUAUAUCCACCAACGCCAGUAUUAAAACCCCAGAAGUCGAAUCCGAAGCCCCGACCCGGAUCCAUCCCAUCAAGCCACUAGUAAACGGCGUGCUCAAGCGCCACCUCAAUCCAACGCCGGCGCCCGCGGCGGCCGUGGUGACGUACAAGGAAUGCCUCAAGAACCACGCCGCCACCAUGGGCGGCCACGCGGUGGACGGCUGCGGCGAGUUCAUGCCCUCCCCCUCCACCGACCCCGCGAACCCCAGCUCGCUGAAAUGCGCCGCGUGCGGCUGCCACCGCAACUUCCACCGCCGCGACCCCGAGGAAUCCCCGCCCUCCACCGCCGUCAUCGAGUACCAACCCCACCACCGCCACCACCCACCCCCACCUCCCCCAGCACAACCACGCGGCGGCGGGGGCCACAGCAGCCCGAAAUCGAACUCGGCGUCCCCGCCCCCGAUCUCCUCUUCCUACAUGCUGCUGGCCCUGAGCGGCGGUGGAGCCGGACUGUCGUGUCCCGCCCCGCCGCAGCAUGACAGCAGGAUUAGCCCGGGAACCGCCUCCGCCCCGAGCUCGGGUCGGAAGCGGUUCCGGACGAAGUUCACGCCGGGGCAGAAGGAGAGGAUGCUGCAGUUCGCGGAGCGGGUGGGGUGGAAGAUGCAGAGGAAGGACGAGGAGCUCAUCGCCGGGUUCUGCGGGGAGAUCGGGGUGGACAAGGGGGUGUUCAAGGUCUGGAUGCACAACAACAAGAGCACUUUCGGGAAGAGCAAGGCCAACGGCAACAGCGGUUUCGAAAUCGCCGCCACGAUGCCGCCGGUUUCUUCUAAUUACAAUCACGGCCAAGACAACAACAAUGGCGGUAGUGCACAGGCUGCUAAUGGGUCUUCUUCUUCUUCUUAAUCUUUCUUGUUAAUCCUUUUGAGAUUAUGGAUAAAAAUAAGUACUACUACUACUAGUUAAGUACUGCUUUUAUUAGAGAUCUAGAGAGAGAGAGUGAGGGAGAUCUAGAGAGAGAGUCCGGUCUUAAUGUGUCUUAUAUAUGGUAAUUAGCUAGGUGCUCAUUUAAUUUGGGAUGAUCUUUGUUUUAGCUAAUUAAUGACUAGUGAUAAAUGAAGAUCACUUUUGUUCUUGAGGAUAA